UGAAACGAAAGAGUGCUGUUCGCGCAGCGACGCCACGAAGCGAGAGAAGGCGACCCAGUGGCCCGCGACGGCGGUUGGGAGCCCAGAGAGAGAGGCGGCCGAUCAUGGAGUUCUGCAAUGGCGGAAGGAACGUGAAGGACGAAGAGAAGGCGGAGAUUCUCCGAGAGAUUGGGGAGCUCAAGCGAGAGAAAAUGGACAUAGAACACCGAAUCGGUGAGCUCGAGGCCCGGCUUAGAAGCAGCAGCGACGGCGUCGCUUCGAGAGAGGCAGAGAAGACUAAGGAACACGGGUUGACACGAGAGAUGAUCUAUAGAUACAGCCGCCACCUGCUUCUCCCUUCUUUUGGUGUACAGGGGCAGUCAAAUCUUUUGAAAUCUUCCAUUUUGGUGGUCGGGGCCGGCGGUUUAGGUUCACCGGCAGCGCUGUAUCUGGCUGCUUGUGGCGUUGGUUGUAUAGGUAUAGUUGAUCAUGACGUUGUCGAGCUUAAUAAUCUGCAUAGACAGGUCAUUCACACUGAAGCUUAUAUUGGAAAAUCCAAAGUAAAAUCUGCUGCAGCAGCUUGUCAUGAGAUCAACUCUACUGUACAAAUAAGAGAGCAUGGGGUGGCAUUGACAACGGAAAAUGCUUUGGAUAUUGUUAGCAAAUAUGAUGUUGUGAUAGAUGCAACUGACAAUGUGACGACUCGGUACUUGAUUAGUGAUUGCUGUGUAUUGCUAGGAAAGCCACUUGUAUCAGGAGCAGCACUGGGUUUAGAGGGCCAGCUCACAGUUUACAAUCACAAUGAUGGACCAUGCUAUAGAUGUCUAUUUCCUACACCACCACCUACUGCAGCAUGUCAAAGGUGUUCAGACAAUGGUGUUCUUGGUGUAGUUCCUGGAGUGAUUGGUUCCCUCCAAGCUUUGGAGGCUAUAAAGAUUGCAAGUGGAGUUGGUGAUUCACUUUCAAGGAGGAUGCUUCUAUUUGAUGCUUUAUCUGCUCGUAUGCACAUUGUUAAGAUAAGGGGGAAAUCUUCACACUGUGCAGCUUGUGGAGAAAAUGCAGAGCUUACCUUUCAAAAGUUCCAAAAAUUUGACUAUGAGGAGUUUACACAAUCCCCAAUGUCUGAUAAGGCUUGUCAAAAUGUAAGUCUCCUUCCCAGGGCUGCUCGGGUUAGCUGCAUAGAGUAUAAUGAGCGUGUUCUGAAGAGAGAGCCGCACCUACUAUUGGAUGUGCGUCCUGCCCAUCACUACAAGAUUUGUGCACUACCAGGGUCUCUAAGCAUUCCAUUAGCUGAUCUGAAUGAUAAGGUAGGGGUGAUCCAUGAAGCUUUGCAGAAAUUAGAAGUGGCUGAAGGCUCUGACCCUCAGAGUUCCUCCUUGUAUGUGAUAUGCCGAAGAGGCAACGACUCACAAAUAGCAGUUGAGUCUUUGCGCAGCAUGGGCUUCAAUGCUGCAAAGGAUAUUAUCGGUGGAUUGGAGUCCUGGGCACAAGAUAUAGAUUCCAAUUUCCCCAUAUAUUAGCUAUAAUAUUUAUUGGUUUUAAUGUCUA